UAAUAUAGAGACAAAAGAAAAAACAUAAGACAGAGAGCAUUUAAACUCAAAAGAACAAAAAAGGAAAAACAGAACAGCCAUGGUAGCUUCUGUUUUUUCAUUGAUCCUUCUCUUAUUCUCGUGUUUAUUACAUCUAUCAAAGUCUCAACCGUUCCUCGGAGUAAACUACGGCCUAACCGCUGACAAUCUUCCGCCUCCGUCAGCGAGUGCGAAGCUCCUUCAGUCCACAACUUUCCAAAAAGUCCGUCUUUACGGAUCCGACCCGGCUGUUAUCAAGGCCCUCUCAAACACGGGGAUCGAGAUCGUUAUCGGGGCAUCGAAUGGUGAUGUACCCGGUUUAGCAUCCGACCCGAGUUUCGCUCGAAGCUGGGUCCAAACCAACGUGGUACCUUACUAUCCAGCGAGCAAGAUUGUUCUCAUAGCCGUGGGGAAUGAAAUCACAACAUUUGGCGACAACAAUCUCAUGUCGCAGCUUUUGCCGGCAAUGAAAAAUGUCCAAAGUGCUCUCGAGGCGGCGUCUCUUGGUGGCGGAAAAAUUAAGGUCUCGACGGUACAUGUAAUGUCGGUUCUGGCCGGGUCAGACCCUCCUUCGGCCGCGGUAUUUAAACCGGAGCAUGCUGAUAUAUUGAAAGGAUUGCUAGAGUUUAAUAGUGAAACCGGGUCGCCUUUCGCGGUAAAUCCGUACCCGUUUUUCGCUUACCAGGAUGACCGGAGACCCGAAACGUUGGCCUAUUGCUUGUUUCAGGCCAAUCCUGGCCGUGUCGACCCCAAGAGCAACCUCAAGUAUAUGAACAUGUUCGAUGCUCAGGUUGAUGCGGUGUAUUCAGCUUUGAACUCGAUGGGGUUCAAAGAUGUAGAGAUAGUGGUCGCUGAGACUGGGUGGCCGUACAAGGGUGACCCGGAGGAGGCUGGUGCAACAGUUGAGAACGCUAGAGCUUACAAUAAAAACCUCAUUGCUCAUUUGAAAUCUGGGUCCGGGACGCCACUGAUGCCCGGGAGAGUGAUCGAUACAUACUUGUUCGCAUUGUAUGACGAGAAUCUCAAGCCCGGGAAAGGCUCUGAACGAGCCUUCGGUUUGUUUAGACCUGAUCUAACCAUGACUUACGACAUCGGGCUCACCAAGACUACCAAUAACCAAACUUCCAUGGCUCCAGUGUCGCCAACAACGCCACGUCUACCACCAGCCGCGGCCCCGACAAGGCAAACUUUACCUGCUCCUCCGCAGAUGAUUCUCCCUUCACCAGUUACUCCCUCCGACAAAAACUCUGGACAAACGGAUGUUCAUAAUUCCACUCCGCGCUCUGCCUCUUUGGCUCACAUAUGCCGUUCUCUCUCUAUUUCAACAUCGAUGUUGUUUCUCUCCGUUUUGUAUGCAUUGAUCAUAUAGUUGUGUAAUCUUCUCAUCGAUCUUCAAGAGUUGAAAAUGAUAAUUUUA